AUGCUUGACUUAUUAUGGAAGUUGUCCUUGCUCGUGACCUGGCUCUGCGGCUUCGCAACAGUUGCAGAGUCCUCUGAGCUCGUUGUGCGCAACCUUCCGGGCCAUUCUCCUGAUGACACAGUUCGUGAGAUCCGGCGACGACUGGACCUCAGAGCAAAAAGCGCCAACACCACCGUCUUGUUCGAUAACUCCACAUCAUUGGACGCUGCACUCAACGACAAGACUCUCUUUGAGUUCAAAACUGACAACGUGGCACACCGGCUGGGCAAUGGCACAAAUGUCCAUGCCGGCAUCCAGAUCCGAUGUGCCAAAUGCUACAUCAAGGGUGUUGCUAGAGCCAAGCUCACCAAACAGGGGUCAUUCAAUGGAAGCGAUGUCCUGGACGAUAUCAAGAACAAUACAAAAAGCACGUUCAACAGCAUAACAGGCUACUGGAAUAACGUCACAAGCGUCAUCAAGGGGAAUAUAAAGAACAUGACACUCGACGAGAUAACUACCGAGAUUGAGCAGCUGCCUCCGCCUCAAAUCGAUUUUAAUGUUCGCCUGGACUUUCCGGACUACCAAUUACAGGUCGCUUUUGUGAACACCGAGCUCUACGUAGAGCUCAACACUAUACUUUCGUCUGGAUUGAGCUACUCAUUGACACUCUACUCAUCGAAAAAUUUCGGUAUUGACCUCGAAAACGGCUUGUUUGUCGGUGUCGUUUUCUCCAUUGAUCUCCUCCUCAGUGUGGACAAUGAAGUCGUGAUCAGCAGCGGAUUCCAUGUCAAACUUGACGAUGAAGUCCUCAUGACGAUUGCACUGUUUAGCAAGCAGGCAUCUGGCCUGGAAUUUAAGGGAGGCAAGUUCAGGUUUCUGCCCGUCACCAUCCAGAGCGAGAGCACCGUUUUUCGAGCCGUCCUGCGCCUGCAGCUGCGUACGGGCUUCUCCAUAAGAACACUGGACCCUGGUAUCAAGGUUGACAUUGGCGACUUAUCGACCGAUCAACUCAAAGCGUCUGCAGGGAUCGAGGCGCGAGUCUACGCCAACGUUGCCGAGUUCGUGACAAACGUGACGCUUCCAGGUUCAGGAAGCGACAGCCAACCGGCAUGCGCCUUAAAGGUCGUUCAAGAUUACAAACUGGCGAUUGGUGCCGCCGCCGGCGCGUCACUAGCCUUCCUGGGCAACACAUACGGCCCUACACCGGCAACGGAGAUUCCAAUCUUCUAUACCACAUUGGCAUCUGCUUGCUUGACAAGGGCAUCUAUAGCAACUAGCAGCGCAUCGCCCACCACCGCUCGUGCCGUACGUCGAGCCAAGGGCGACCCCUCGACGACGACGACGGUCACCACAGUGACCUACACGGCAACAGCGUGCAUGUCUCCGGGCCUGAUGAACUGCCCAGCGUCGCUGCAAACCGUUUCGAAGAACGUCGUCACCAAGACUUUGAGCGCGGCAGUUGUCUCAGGAUCGUCCGUAGUGUGGUCAACGGCAGUGGCCACGGCAAUUGCGACAGUGCCCUUUCCUCGGGACGCCAUGACGCUUACCGGAUCGUCUGGCGCGCCCAAGUCGUACGUUCCACCGCCGCCAACCACCACCACGGGCCGAACGCAAAGUUCAGGCGUAUCUGCGUCUCCAACAGAAACAGCCACGGCGUCAAGCGAAGACACUGGAGGAGUAAACAAGAAGCUCAUACUUGGACUGACCCUUGGUCUUGGCCUACCUGCCCUCAUUGCCAUCAUCGGUGCCUCAAUCAUUGUUCUGAGACGACGUCGUGAUACACGGUUUGCUUCCUUUAUAAUGACGGAUGAGGCGGAGCCUCCACAAGCAAUGCACAAGAACGGAAAGCAUCGACAGACCAUGUUCGGCUAUGCCGCCGUUCAAGAUCAUGAUUAG